AUGACGAACGCGGGGCUGAGCUCGACCAAGGGCACGAACCUGGUCGACGAUAGGGAUAAGACCUAUAACGAUAUCGCGGCUAGGGUCCUGGUCUCGCACAUCUGCACGACCGAGUUCGCUGAUACGGUCACCUCCAAGCAGGUGUACAAUAACCUGCGUGAGUACUGGGUUAAUUACAAGAACCUGGACGCUACCAUGUUCGAGGUCAUGACCACUAUCGUGUCUGAGUAUAUGUCCAUGAACGGGGGCGAGACAAUGUCCGGCGACGAGAUCGAGGGUAUCAUCAGCUGCCUGGACGAGGGCACGACCGAGAGUAUCGACGAGUGCGUGGAGAUCUUCGGGGACGUGGUCAUGAACAGGACCUCGCUCGAGAACUUCUUCAACAACAUCCACCAGAGCAUCAGCAAGUAG